GAUCAUAUGGGGUGCAGCUGAAAGAAAGAAGGAGGAACCCGAGGAAGGCUAAGGGGCGACUGACUUCGUGCGGCAGUUUUCAGAGCAACAAAACCGGCUACAAGGCCUGACUUCACUGUCAACAGCGGGCACAUCAGCGGCAACGACGCCUUCACCAUGCAGUACCUGCGCUUCUACAACGAAGACGAUGCACAGUCUCCCCCGCCCACAACGGGCAGAGACCUCCCUGCUGGGUUUGCACCAGUUAUAGACACAGGGGCCGUACCUGCUGCAGGGACAUCUGGGUAUCCGGCUAGUGAUCCUUGGACGGUGAGUGAUGCCCUGGCUGCCUAUCCUGGCUGGCUCGACGUUGCCCCUUCCGCUGCUGCCUCUGGGGCUCCUGGCCAGCGCGCCGUCCAACAGCCGCAUCCAAAGAACGCGCCGCCACCGACUGCCAACGUGGCAGACAACAUCGCGCCUCCACCGGCAAGGCUCAAUCAUACUGGCGGGCCCGUGGUUCCAAACUUCCAGAGUGGCAGCAUCGCCCGCUUCCGCCUGGAUGAACCCGGCGCGACUGUGCGGAAGACGCCUCCGUAUUGGCUGAUGUGCCUCUCUGUGGUGCUGGUGAUGGCGUGCACGGUGCUCGGGGCCCUCGUGUACGUCGCCACGAGGAUGCACCAACGAGGACGGCGCAUCGCCCCUCGCGCCAUGCCGGAUAUUCCAGUGACGGAGUUCGACGACUAGUAGCGUCCCCCCCCCCCCCCCGCCCUCCGGACUACAUAGUAAUGCGCCGCACGUUUCACGAGUCGCCAAAUAAGUACACGUGCAAUUUCAGAUCCCUCGGCUUCGUGGAUACGAGGUACUCAAGGGUGCAGCGCGAAAAUUACGAGGACGACAGAAGAGCGGACACCGCGCAAGCUCGAACUCGCAGCUCAAAGAGGUAGACGAAGAAUAAAGGCCGUGUUCGGGCGACCAUGUUUGUCUCCGUCCGCAA